GGGAGAGCACCCAAUCGAGUCGGAGUACGGAGCCGAUUGGGCGGUGCACACCCCUGACUCGCGGUCGGCUUGGGCCGACCUGCUCGAGGACACAGCUGGCGGUGAGGGCUCCGAGGGCGGCCACGCGGUGGCGACGCCGCCCCGGGCCGCUAGGCGGGCAGGGCGCCGCGGCGAGCGGGCGGCCACAGGCCUGGGCGACGGUCUGGAGGCGGACGGAUCGCCUCGCGCAGCCGCCCAUGCCGGCGCGGCGGACGCGCCGGUUCUGGCCCCCUCGCCCGAGCGGGAGGGCGACGGUCUGGAGGCCGACGGCAUCGGCAGGGUCGAGUUCCUGCAGGCGCUGCGCUUCUGCCUGGACAGCUCGGGCUGGGUGGCGGCGCGCGCGCUCGCGCCGGCGCUCCACGUGAAGCUCCGCGGAUGUGGAUUCCGCGAGGCGCGAGCCCGGAUCCUGGAGGCGGGCGACGGCAUCCCUGACGCGCGGGGGCGCCGGCGGGCAGCCGAGCGCGUCCUGG